AUGGCGACUUGGGGAAAUUCAAAGGAAAUUUUCAACCAGGCUCUUGGUCUCCAGAGUACCCUGGCAAAUUUUGUUCGAGAGGAACGGCUCUUGAAACAAGUCACUACGAACGAUUCGUCUUGGCAUCAAUGGGCCUACGCUGAAGCGUUCAAACGGACACUCGGCUGCAUCUUCUGCUUUUCCACCUUCCAUACGAUUGUCUACAACAGUCCACCACUGAUUCUAAAUUCCGAGCUUAAUGUUCAUCUUCCCUGUCGGGAAGCUGAUUGGGAAUCACCCACAGAGUCGGACUGGCAAAACGCAAGAAGGUUCGCUAUCCCAGAGCCGAAGUUUCAAGAUUGCCUUGGGCUUCUUUUCUCAAAAGAUCCCUCGGAGGAUUCCACGGCUUACUCUUCCCUGGGUGGUUACAUUCUUAUAUUAGCCUUGAUUCAACACAUAUAUUUCCUACGCGAGAUGAACAAAUUCAAGCGCGACUCGAGUGGAUCCCUAUUACCCUCAGACGUCGCCGAUGUCGAGCGGGCUCUUCAGAACUGGCAAAAUGGGUGGGAUGUGAAUCCAGAAACAAAUUUAAACCCGCGAAGCUCGCAAGGUCCAGUGUCCUUCAAUUCCGCCGCCUUGCUGCGAAUGGCUUAUAUACGGCUCAGUAUGGAUAUUGGCCCAUGUCGGACUCUGGAGACCCAAAAUCCUCUCUUAAUUGCAAGGGCCAUGCAACAGAGCCCCCGUGUGAAGCUUGGUCCUAGGUUAACACGGGCUGUUUUGUACUCCGCGCAUGCAUUGAGUAUUCCUGUCAAGAUUGGAGUUAACAUUGUUUCUCGCAAUCAAGCCUUUAUAUGGUCUCUUCAACAGUCACUUUGCGCUCUCGAGUGCGCAUUUGCACUCAGUAAAUGGUUGGUUACCGUGCACACUCGUCUUCCUGGAGAGCCGUUUAAUGAAGAUGAGGAAAGGUUGAUAGCAUACAUAGUGGACAUGGUAUCAGAGGCAGACUCGGAGUUUCGUCUGAUGAGCGGUGGGGAAAGCUCGCUCAACUAUGUUGAGCUGGCUGUGCGGGUUGUGCGAAUUUGGGCGCGACUAUACAGCGGUGAAGUCAUCUGGGAUGUGGUACGUCUGAUGGGACAGGCAUUAGAAGCGUACGCAAAAAUUCUGGAGGAAAGUUUUGCAUAA